AUGUCCAACCAUCACAUGGCGCACAUGGGCCAUGAUAUGAAUAGCUCAACAACGCCCACCCCAGAUCCUCAUGCACACCAUCAUGCCAUGACAACAUCGGGGCAUAUACAUGAUGGAGGGAUGAUGAUGAUGAUGGUGAGUAGAGCUCAAGCGAUACCUCUGGUGCAGAAGCUGUGUGACAAAUUUGGUCUGCCAGGCCUCCACAUUGGAUGUCAGGUGUCGGGCAGGCAGAGGUGUCCUGCUUGUGCACCUGAACCUUGCAGAAAUAGGAUUUGACUCCUGCUUUCUGAAUGUUAGGGUAUAUCAGCAACGUCACCAGAUCUACUAAAAAUCUGUCCAGAUCCAGAAAGACAGAGAGAAGCAACAGCACGCACAUCCCACUUGGACUCUUCAACUCUGUGGGUGCCAACUCCCAGUCACAUGGCCUGUUUAUGGCCCCACCAAACUUUAAGCAAGGUGCUGAUCAACACCAACAGCAAGCCCUGUGGCAUCCUGAUCAGUGACUUUUUGGUGAAGGUGAUCCCUGCCUGAAGCAGGGCUUGCUGAUUGGCGCUUGCAGCAAGCCACACAAAAGUCAGCUUUGAAGUUGGGUCACCUGACAACAGGGUGAUGUUGAAUGAUUGACAGGUACCGGUAAUUUCAGAGGGUCUUCAAACCUUAGUGGAACUGCAAGUGUUUCUGAGAUGAGCCUCCUUCCAUCUCAUGAAUUGGGAAUUCAGCUGCUGAUUGCAAAUGGUGACUGGAGAGAGCAAAUGUUGACCACUCUCUUUUCUCACAUGCACACAUUCACUACCCUUGGAUCAUGCUGGUAAAGGGAGAGGCAGUGGGGUGGGGCUGGGUGAGUAGGGUGAGUAGGGUGCCACUCCAAUGAAUUUGCAGUCUCUGUGGUUCUAGUCCCAUGCAACCUGUUUGAAACUGUGAUGCCCAAAGACCCUGCCACUCACAAAGCUCCAUUGUGGCAUUAAAUGGACUCCUUGUUUCUUGUGCAGGAUAUGACCUUCCACUUUAGUUAUAACAAUGUGCCUUUGCUGUUUUCCGGGCUUGUCAUCAACACUGCUGGAGGUGAGUGAGUGAUUUACUAGGUGCCACUAAGAUGGGUCAAAGUAUCUGUUGCCCAAACCACAGUCUGGUGGAGGAGUGGGGGAUGUUGGACUGAAUACAGUACAGCAACAGGCAGGAAAAAAAUCAAAUAAUCUGCUAAGACCCUCAGCAAUUUUCAAGUGGUUCUUAGGCAGGGGAGAUGGGGGAGAGAGUUUGGGAACUGUUAGAUUUACUGAUUUAUGUGUGGUAGAUCAACUUCAAGACUUGUUCCAUUAUCCAGACCUCCUUGGAAAUGUUAACAAUGGGGGUGGGCCAUAGCUCAGUGGUUUAUCACAUGUGGUCCUUCUGAAUAACUUAAUGCUGGAAUCAAUGUUGCUGAGUAACAACCUCAGCCAAUCAGAUUGUAGUGUCACUUGAGUGCUUUACCUGCCUUAACUGGAGUGCUGAUAUCCCAGCAUGGAAUAGAUCCAGGAACUUUCCUCCUUCUCACUCUGCUAGAGAUGGCUGGUGCAUUUGUGGCCAUUUUCCUCCUGGCCAUGUUCUACGAAGGCCUGAAGAUUGCCCGAGAGAGCCUCCUCCGGAAGUCGCAAGUCAGCAUCCGCUACAACUCCAUGCCAGUUCCUGGACCAAAUGGCACAGUCUUGAUGGAAACACACAAAACAGUUGGGUGCGCACACUCUUUCUAUCUACAGGGGACUUUAACAUGGGAAACCCAACUGGGGCAUAGCCAGUUCAUGGUCCUUUCUGACCUAACUCACAGUACUUGUGGUAUCUCACAAAGCAACUUUUCUCAGCCUGGUGCCCUCCAUAUGCUUUGGACUACAUCUCCCAUCAGCCCUGACCACUGAGGUUGUGCUGCCUCGGUCUGACGGGAGUCAGGAGUCCAAAAUUAUCUGUAGAGGAUACCAGGUUGGGGAAGGCUGCUGUAGAAUCAGAGAUGAAAGAAAGCAGGAUCCACGGUGCAGGUUGCAGCUUCAGCAUCCAUGGCAGAUGGUUUUAAAUACCUUCCACAAAGAAAAGUCCACCACCUCUUGAGGCAGACUAUUCCACCAGGUUAUAUCCAAUGUUAGCCGUCCGACUCAGAGCACCCGUUGAAACUGAUGGACGCAUCUAACUUAGGCUCAUUAAUUUCAGUGGGUCUCCUUUGGGUAUAACCUAAUUGGAUACAAUCCCUCUCAAACGUUUACCCCAAAACCUGCUUCCUGCCCACUAAUUCUUGUUUGCUACAUUUAUUUCUUGCCUUUUCUUCCAAAGAGCUCAAGGUUUGGCAUACAUGGUCUUCUCCCUCCCCACAACAACCCUGAGAGACAGGGACUGACCCAAGGUCACCUAGUUAGCUUUGUGACUAAGUGAGGAUUUGAACCCCUGGUCUCCCAAACUCAAGUCUUACACUCUGUUUCCCAAUCCACUCUUGUUCUCAUCCUGUCCUCUGGCGCAAUAGGAAUCAAGCCCACUCUAUCUUUUGUGUGACAGCACUUCAGAUAUUUGAAGUUGGCUAUGAUGCCUCUCCUUAAUCUUCUCACAUUUAGGCUGAACAUUCCCAGUUCUUUCAACCAUUCCUCAUAGGGCUUGGUUUCUAGACACUUUACCAUCCUGGCUGCCCUCCUCUGGGCAUGCUCCAGUUUGUUAAUGUGUGUCUUAAAAUGUGGAACCCAGAACAAGGCUUGACCAAUGCAGAAUAGAAUGAGCUGCUAUUUUUCAUGUUCUGGAUGCUUUGCAGCCUAAGAUUGUGUUACUCUAGUGUUGUUGUUGUUGUUUCUAUACCACCCUUCAAGUUUAGCUUGUGAUCCACCAAGUUACCUAGAUCCUUUUCACGUAUGCUGCAGCCACACCAGUCUCCCACAUGCUAUGCUUGCAACCAUAUUUUGUGUGUUUCCCUAAAUGCAGGACUUCACAUUUAUUCCUGCUGAACUUCCACCCUGCUGGUUUCAGCCUUCUUGUGUCAGGAACUAAAGUGGGCUGCUCCUUCUCUAGUAGGGGGGCGGGGAGCCAUUCUAUGCUAGAUGUGUGAGAGAAGUGUCAAUUUAAUUCUUUCUUAUUACACCUUGUUGCUUCAGUUCGUAGGUCAUUUAUAGAUCUUAACCCUUUCUGGCUCCAAAGUCUGCCAUUCGUAGUCAGUCCUUGCCCAUCCACCCAGCAUGUACUGAAUGUUUCCUUUCUCUCUCUCUUUUUCUUUCUCAUUGGUCAGGCAACAGAUGCUGAGCUUCCCUCACCUUUUCCAGACUGCGCUGCACAUCGUCCAGGUGGUGGUCAGCUACUUCCUUAUGCUUAUCUUCAUGACCUACAAUGGCUACCUCUGCAUUGCCGUGGCAGCAGGCGCUGGGACAGGCUACUUCCUUUUCAGCUGGAAGAAGGCUGUGGUGGUGGAUAUCACGGAGCAUUGCCAUUAA